GGGCUCUGGGACCUUAUGUGCAUUAAUCCGGAGCCCUCCACGCCUGGCACAUUGGUGCCCGUCUGUGGUGCCUGGCAUGUGGCCGACACCGGGGGUCGCACCCGGUACCGACUUGUUGGGCCGCAUGCAAAAGCGUCUGGAGCCCCUACUCCUGACGCCAGCAGCCCUAACGGCCUCACUGUGUUUGGCGGUGAAGCCGUGAUAUUUAGUCACUGGGCAUUACAACUUUACGAAAACAUGAAUCGUCAUCCAAAUGUAGAUUAUAAAAAUCGUAGUGAGCCCCAAGUUGAAUUAGAAAGUCAAUUUAUUUUACGUUUACCACCGGAACCAUCACGAGUUUUACGAGAAAUUUUACGCUCUGGAUUACCCAUAAAAGAUAGACUGAGUAUUAAAUUAGAAAAUGAUAUGCGUUAUGGUGAGGUUAGAUUUGAUCAUUGGUUACUUCAUGCUAAGGUUGUGGACUUACCAACAAUUGUGGAAUCUUUAAAAACUAUUGACAAUAAAAGUUUUUACAAAACAGCUGAUAUAUGCCAGUUGUUAAUUUGUAAGGAAGAAGAUGAUCAUACCACAACGGAUGAGGAAAGUCCAGUAAGGCAGAAAAAGAAAGACCCAAAUAAAGUGGACAAGAAGUUUCUAUGGCCACAUGGGAUAACGCCUCCUACAAAAAAUGUCAGGCGCAGAAGAUUUAGAAAGACUUUGAAAAAGAAAUAUGUAGAAGCUCCAGAAAUUGAAAAAGAAGUUAAACGUUUAUUAAGGGUAGAUAAUGAUGCUGUUAAUGUAAAAUGGGAAGUGAUUUGUGAGGAUGAAGAUCAAUCUAAACCUAGCAAAGUAUCAUCAUCUGGCACAGUGAAAACUAAACGCGAAAGUAUUAAUGGUAAUACUUCCCAGAGUCUUGAUGUUGCUGAGCAUGACAUAUUUGGUGAACCAGUAAGUGACAGUGAAGAAGAUGAUGAGGAAGCAAAUAUAAAUGUAAUGGAAUUGGAUGAAAAUAGUAGACUCUCAGCUGACAGUAGAGUGUCAGAUUCUAAUUCCAUGCAAGCUACAUAUUCAGAAAGAUCUGCUAAUAAUGCAGCAACAAGCAACACUCUUGUUACGGAAUUUAGUAAGGAAAUGUUUCAAAAUGACAACAAUAUAGAAACAGAAGGAGAAAAAACAGAGGAUGCAUCACCAUCAAAAGUACCCAAACUUGAACAGUUUCAUUCAGAGUAUAUAAUUCCGGAUAGUUUUACAGAAAUGCCUCCUGCUCCCACAUCAAAAGACUCGUUACAAACGCGCCUUGCAACUUUACAUACUGAAUUAGCCGAACUGCGACAAAGAAGACAGCAACAAGAACUUGAGAUUGCUAACAUCGAAAAUGUUAAGUUAAGACAAAGAUUCCAAGAAAUAUUGGACAAUUUAUUAACGCAGGAAAUGCAAAAAGUUCAAGAAAUUCAAGACUUGGAACUGGGAUAAUUUUUGUGUUAUAGCAUUAAAUAAUUAAAUAGUGUGAUCAAUGUAUAAAUAUAUUUGUUCAUGAAAUGUUUA